AUGGUUGCUCCCACAUCGCACGGAAGUGCUUGUGGUCCGGUCCCGGGGUUGAACUUGUGGCGGGACAUGGAGCUGCAUGGUCCUGUCGGCAGCCCUAGCAUAGCACCGGCUUCCGCCGAACCGGCUCAGACCUCGGUGACCCUGGCGCAGCUCCUGCAGCUGGUCCAGGAGGGCCAGGAGCUGCCGGGUCUGGAGAAACGCCACAUUACUGCCACCCACGGCGAACCGACGGCGUCGCUGCUUCCGCGGAGGCCCAAGCCCUGGGAAGACGCAAGCUCGGCCGCAUCGCCCCACACCACCAACCUAGAUUCGUGCACACAGUCCCCGACCGUGGGGGUGCCGGCCCCGGGCAGCCCAGCGGCCCAGCGGAUUCCUGAGCUCCAGGGCUUUCGGAGCCGAGAUCUGGAGGGCAUGACUGGCUCGGCUCCUGCACGAACCUGAGGAUCUGGACAGCUGCCUCCUUUACUCAUCUUUCUGCUUUUGCUCUGACCUGUCUCAGCCGGACCCAGUCUUCCCGGGAGAUUGCUGCCCAGGAAUUUUGAUUUGGACGCUGAGUCUCAACUGCAUACCAUGUUCUGUGUAAUUGAAACAAGUCUGUUUUACCACCUGCUCACAGUAACGGGCCACCUUCAGGUGGUACUGAUAAAGUAAACCAGAGAGCCAAGUCAUUUCUAAUGUUGGGUUUUAUGAUAGAACUCGAUUUUCGAAAUGAUGUUAAAUGGAAUUCAUAUUUUUUGAGACACGGUUUCUGUGUAGCCCUCGCUGUCCUAGACCAGCCUGGCCUCCUGAGUGCUGUGAUUAAAGGGGUGUGCCGUCACCCCCACCUGAGCCCCCCUAUUCAAAACUGAGCGACACAAAUCCUAGAAAUCCAGGGUCGUAAUCAAGCUCUGGCUUGGCAGCAGGAACCUUACCUACUGAGCCAUCGGCAAAGUUACAAUUAGAGUUGUCAACUGCCUUGUGGGUGCGGGAAGGACAGCGCCAAUGCUCUCUACCAGAGCAGAGUGGUAGGUGUCAGAUGUUGGAGCUGGCUGAGGUCUUAGCCACUGACGGACCCAUGCUCAGGCUCCCUGAAAUCGUGUUUGAGAAGGGUCUCUCCACACAGCAAUGGCUGGCCUUGAACUCACUCUUCCAAACCAGCCUCUGCCUGCUGAGCGCUGGGAUUAGGGGUCUGCAUCAGCACACCAGGCUUCCAAGCAGUCUUUUUGUUUUUACGAAACAGCUGUCUCUGUAGUGUUGGAGCCUGUCCUGGAACUCACUCUGUAGACCAGGCUGGCCUUGAACUUGGAGAUCCGCCUGUCUCUACCUCCCAGUUGCCACCACUGCCCAGCCCAAGCAGUCUUUCAAACAGGCCCAGUGGCUCACUACAUUCUCCACUGGCAGCAUGGUAGAGCCACGAAGUGUAUCCAUGGUUUAUUUAUGACUAAAUAAUGACCAAAACAGCAGGGGCAAUGUAAGCCCCACAACUUGUCUGGGGGGUGAUGCCACACCAACUCCAGUGUCACCUGUGUGACAUAUGUCAUUAUACCAGAUGAAGCUACGUGUCCUAUGGGACUAGGCUUCCUGGAGGUCAAUGGCAGAUGGCGUGGUAUUAGCUGCCCUUGGGGCAUAGACAGGCUUCUCGAGUAGCUGGCUAUGCGGGAUAUGGGCUUUGCACGAUCUCUUUUAUAAUGAUAUUCUUGUAGAUAUAUAAUCUACAAGACAAGGACUAUCUCUUCAGGAACAGCUCUGGGAUAGGGAAGCACAGUAUGGGAAUGUAUAAAGCUACAGCAGAACCCUUGUCAUACACGGGGUGUAUGAUGAGCAAGGGAAUAGAUGCGUUAAUGUUGAUGGACAGAGUGUUAUGCUUUGAAUUUUAUGGAUAGGCUUGCUAGAUCCCAACCACCAUGGUGUCUACUGCAUAAGAAGGUACUAAAAAGUAUAUUUCAACAGGUGCAGAGAACUGAUUAGGCAUAUGUGGUCACUAGAUGAAAUAAAGGGUUGGGAAGAGGAAGGGCCAUGAUAGCGAUAAUGAGACAGAAACUUUCUAUUCAUAAGAUGAAACCACUUGUCUGAGGUUUACAUUCCCCAGGACAAGAUUUCCUCUUCUAAGGAUGUUUAUGUCUAACACCUGUUCCCGGUAAUGUACUUUUCUUAAAUAUUGCUGAUGUGACUAAAAACUUUCAUACUGUGCCAACCAAUGACACAUGACCUUCUGAUUUGUUCUUUGAAUAUUAUAUAAUAAAAACAUGAAUUCAGUAAAAUUGCAGCAGAUUCCAACCACUCUCUUGUGUAUUGUGUCCGUCUGUCAUUCGCCGAACUUGUGCCUUCCUGUUACCAGGACCCUGCUUCUCCCAUGGUCUGAGUGGUUCCCCUGAGCAGGUCCGUGGCAGGGUGAGUCGCAGGGACCA